GGUGGCGCUGUCCGAGAAUGCGCAUUGUUGUUCCCCUACAGAAGGGAAAGGGAGUUUAGAAAUGGCCGCCGUGAGUAAUGGUCGGAGUGCGAUGGAUUCUCAAUUAGAAACGCAGAAGGUCGUGGUGGAUCGUUUAAAAAGACUAUAUCCGGCUGUAAACGAGGAAAAGUCGCCGUUGCCCCGCGCUUGGAGCCCCAAGGAAAAGUACAACUACAUCGGACUGUCCCAGAACAAUUUACGCGUUCAUUACAAAGGACACGGCAAAACCCACAGAGAUGCCGCGAGCGUCCAAGCGACGCAUCCCAUUCCUGCCGCUUGCGGCCUUUACUACUUCGAAGUGAAGAUUGUAAGCAAAGGUCGCGACGGCUACAUGGGCAUUGGUCUAUCAGCCCAAGGCGUGAACAUGAACCGAUUGCCAGGUAAUACAAGCUGGGACAAACAGUCGUAUGGUUAUCACGGCGACGACGGCCAUUCGUUCUGCUCGUCUGGCACCGGCCAGCCGUACGGACCGACCUUUACGACAGGAGACGUCAUCGGUUGCGGCGUCAACCUCAUCGAUAACACGUGCUUUUACACGAAAAACGGACACCACCUCGGUACCGCCUUCACAGAUUUGCCUCCGAAUUUGUACCCAACGGUAGGCCUUCAAACUCCUGGAGAAGUGGUUGAUGCGAACUUCGGUCAGGAACCAUUCGUUUUCGACAUCGAAGACAUGAUGAGGGAGUUGGGGACGAGGACUAGAAUGGAAAUUAACGAUUUUCUUGUACCAGAAAGUCACGGUGAAUGGCAGGCCAUACUAAACAAGAUGGUAUCAACUUAUCUCGUCCAUCAUGGUUAUUGCAAUACAGCAGAGGCCUUCGCCCACAUAACAGAACAACCUUUUAACGAAGACAUAGUAUCAAUUAAGAAUCGACAAAAAAUUCUAAAGUUAGUGUUAGCCGGUAGGAUGGGUGAAGCGAUUGAGCGAACUAGCCGGCUCUACCCCGGCCUGUUAGAGUCGAAUCAGAAUCUCUUAUUUAUGCUCAAAUGUCGUCAGUUUGUCGAAAUGGUAAACGGUUCAGACGUGGAGGUUUGUCAUCGAAAAAGUGGUUAUUCACCGUCGUAUUCGGUUUCGCCUAGAUCUAGUAGUCCAAUCCAAACUUCAGUUAUACAAUCGACUAAAAGUUAUAGCAAUAAAUCGAAACAAAGCGUUGAAGAAAUGAAUCAAAAUAACACGACGCCGACACAUAAUGGUAAUAGUUGUAGAGACGUUCCCGUAAUAUUCACAGACGACGGCGACGUCGAAAUGGACACCACCGAGGAGUUCCGAAACGGUCACGGAGACGCCUGCAAUGGCAAAUCAAAUAAUUCGACCAAUGGGUACCAAAAUGGUAAUAGCCAUAGUAAUAACGUCACACAGGAUGACGGUUGCUGUGAUAAUGAAGACGAAGAUAUGGAGGUUGAUGUGCCAGUUUGUCGGAAGUCAUGUUCAAAGCCGGCAGUCGAACGAAUUCUAGAGUUUGGUAGAGAAUUAUAUAGUAUGAGCCAACGAUUGACAGUAGAUAAAAAUUCUAGUGAGACAAAUCAAAAAAUGUUGGAAGAUGCAUUUAGUUUAUUAGCUUACUCAAAUCCAUGGGCGAGUCCUGUAGGUUGGCAAUUGCAGCCUUCGCAAAGAGAGUCGAUUUGUGCUUCCCUUAACUCAGCCAUUUUAGAAUCAAAUAAAAAGCCCCGAAAACCGCCUUUAGAAGUCGCAAUCGCGCACGCCCAUGAACUGGUAAAGCUGAUGUCCACGGCGGGACUCGGCUCGUGUGCCUUCGCCUCAUUAGUCGACAUCUUGGAUCAGUGACCUAUCUCGUCGCCCUUCUGCAUUAUAAUGCACUGACUGCCAUUCUCUUCAGAGAGACGAUCUAACUGGUUGCAUCAAUUUGUCCAAGAGGAACAGCUUACUUAUUUCCAAUAGUUAAACAGUUGCAGUUAUAAAUUAUUGCUAUUGGCAGAGAGGAUCGAUGCUCGGUUAUAGCAAACGAAUGGCGAUGUUUAUAAGUUUUAAUCACAAAAUUAACGUCACAAUAGAAAAACAUGGAUCACAUUUUAAAACCAAUAAAUUAUUGAUAAUUGUGUCGUUUUACUUCGCCACUUAUUGAACAGAGUUUAUUUCUUACUACAAUCGGUUAGAGAGGAAGUCGUGUAUUUUUUUUUUUUCUAGAUUUAUUUGUUUGUUAUUUGGUUUUAUGUCUUUGAUUGGCUAAUUUAAGGAAACCUUACAUUUUAUAUGUUUUUUGUUGUAGUUUUAUUAAUUUAACGUAAAUAAACAUAAAGACACUUAACAAAUAUCUUAAUCUGGAAUUCUAGAAGAUUUUUGUUUGUUAUUUUGGGCGUUACUAAGAAUAUAAUUUUGCCAAGAGACUACUUUCAAGGUGUUUUAUAAAAUUUUUGAAUGAGGUGUAGAUAUAAUGAGUAGUUUAGUUUAUUUGUAAAUAUGUUAUACAUAAUUAUGUUAUUACUCAAAUAAUAAACUAAUAUUUAAUUAUA